UAAUUUUAUUUUGAAGGAAGUGGUAUUGGGUGCGACGCCCCUUUCAAAAGCGGUGGAGAUGACUCAGAUAGCGACUUACUGCUUUUACAAUUUUCAUGUUUAAUCUUCGUAUCGAAGGCCACUAGUUUUUACACUUCCUUCAAAUAUCAGUGCUCUCUCUCUCUCUCUCUCUGUUUUUUCGCUCUUAUUUUGUUGGCUUUACGUUUCUAUUUUCAACAUUCUCAUUUAUUUUCCUUCAAAUCUCUCCUUCGCUCACCAUUCUAUCAAAGCUUCUCUCAUUCUUUCGAACUCUGCUAUUCUCACAGAAGAUAAUUAAGAAAAAGAAGGAAGUCAAAUACAAAUGAAGAAGGUUGUUUUGAAGUUGGAUUUGCAUGAUGACAGAGCCAAGCAAAAGGCUUUAAAGACGGUCUCAACUCUUUCAGGAAUCGAUUCCAUUGCCAUGGAUAUGAAGGCAAAGCAGUUGACAGUGAUUGGAACAGUUGAUCCAGUAAACGUGGUGAGCAAAUUACGCAAGUACUGGCCAACUGACAUAGUAUCAGUGGGGCCAGCAAAAGGGCCAGAGAAGAAGGAGGAGCCAAAGAAGGAAGAACCCAAGAAAGAGGAGCCAAAGAAAGAAGAACCCAAGAAGGAAGAAGAGCAGAAGAAAGAAGAGCCUAAGAAGGAAGAACCAAAAAAGGAAGAACCCAAGAAAGAGGAAGAGAAGAAGAAGGAAGAGGAGAAAAAGCCACUGCCAUUGCCACCCCCAGACCCUGUUUUGGAGCUUGUCAAGGCCUACAAGGCCUACAAUCCUCAUAUGACCACUUACUACUACGUUCAAAGCAUGGAAGAGAAUCCCAAUGCUUGUGUUAUUUGUUAACCAAGGCUUUCGGGGAAAAUGGCGAGGGAAAGAUAACUUUCUCUAAUUGGUGAUGGAUUUGAAUGCCAUCAAUGAGACUAGGAGGUAAACCAAAGAAGACAACUCCUUUGUACAUUAAUCCUUUUUUUUUCAUGUAUAAGUAAUGUGUUGUGUUUUCCUUGAAAAAAAAAGUAAUGUGUUGUGUAGAGACUAGAGUGAAUAAAUGAAAUUUUGGAAUUUGUUUUGAACCCAUCAA